UUUCCUCAUUUAUGGAGGACAGUCUUAUAAUAUGCAUCCAGAUAUCCUCCAAUCACACAAGGUGAUUGACAUCAUGAGGGUGAAUGUGGACAAGGUUUUGGAACGAGAUCCAAUGCUGUCAGAGUUGGAUGAUGCACUGCGGGCGGAAUUUGAGACCAAUGCUACCAAGCUGAAAAAAAAGUAUUGGUGGAAGAACUGUAAGAUAUGGGCAGUGUUGAUAGCAUUUGUUCGCAUCAUCAUCAUCAUCACCAUCACUGUCUGGAGUGUAUCCUCAUGAGUUACAAGAAGAAAUGCAAACCAGUGGAAGCCAUCUCUCUCCUUCAAACCUGCUGUAUUCUCAAGCUCUCACCUACUGAUAUAUAAAGCAAAAUUAUUUCGAUUAGUCAUGUGAUAACUUUCUCUCAUUUAUAGGAAAUGUGCCUUUAUUUAAAAGUUACACUCCUAAUUUUAAAAUACUAAUAAGCACAGGCCACACCUUGCACAGUGCCUUGGUAAUCUUGAGUAUGAGCUGGUGAAGAGGAUUUCAUGUUUGCAUUUCAGAAUCUAGAAGCAAUGUAUUGUUGCCAGUGACGACAGCAUUCUAGAUCAAUGUGAAGAGUAUGUUUGGGUAUCUGUCCUCUUCGCUGUCUCCUUCAUGCCUCAAUUUAAAGAUGUCUCUUCUGACACACUACUAAAGGAAUGGGAACCAAAUCUUAAAUUUGUGCCUUCUUGGAAGAAACUCUGAAUACGUCUGCCAUUUGAACAGACUUUGCCUGCCUUGCCUUACUCCAUUAAUGCCUUCUGACUAGUUGUGGAAGAACCUGCCACCCUUGUAAACACUACUUGUCAUUCACUGCUGUUUUAUCAAUAUGCAGUUAAAUUCUAUUAUUGAAGUUCUAAAUAUUGGAGCACUGAACCGUUAGUGCUGCCUUGUGGUAUUUCUGAUUAAACACAUCUCUAUAAGGUGUUUACAUUUUCUUCAAAAGACAGUCUGUCACUUUUUGGUGUCAGUUUAAUCUGAAAGAGUAUCUUUAAAAAUGUUUAGUGUUUGUAAUGUAGACACUUACCAAAGUUGGUUUUGUUUGGGGGUUUUGUCUUUUGCCAAAAAGUAGUUCAGUGAAAACUUUUCUCUGCAAGCCAGCAAGAUGUUUCCAGUGUAGAAUCAGUGCCAAAUGUAGUUUAAAAAUGUAUAUAUAUUUAUAUGUAAUCUGUUUGCAUUACUUCACAAAUUGUCUUCCCUCUAAACUAGUCCUCUGAGUGAAUGUUCCCUUAGGACUUCAGGAAAGGUUGGUAACAAACGCCGUUGCCUCUUCCCUCUUCUCGACAAACUUUUUCGGUAUGGCUGACUGUUCUCCAUGAGGAGGGAAAGAAAUAACUUGGUGCUUCACCCAGAGUCACCACUAUGUGUACCCUCUAGUCUGUCUGUUUCUAAUUUCUUUCCAGUCCUUGUUUCUACUUCCUCUGUAUAGUUUUUCCUUUCUCUUGUCUCUUUUUUCCUCCCUUACUUUGCUCUGUUGGCUUAUAAUUAACUAUCUGAGGCCUUGCCUGUGUCUUUGAGGAUGAAGAGGGAGAGAAAGGCAAGGAUUUCUUUGCCUGCUGAAGUAAUUUCUGUUCUAUCUUCAUCACUGCAGUGACUUCUUUGAAUGUACAAAGUCUCUUAGAAAAAUAACUCGACUGUAUAAAUGCACCAUGGACCAGUAACAAAGCUAACAGUACAAAAAUGUAAUCUUAUUUACUCACAAUUAAGAAACUUUUUAUUAUUAUGUUUAUGCUGCAGCUUUUAAAGAAAUAUCAACUCUCUGUACUAGUUCCUACACUGUCAGAGGUUUCUAAGUGUAUGUCACCAGGGAGGCGUGUGUCCCUGCACUGUGUUGGCCUUUGUAACUUUUAAUAAAGCAGCUGU